CCUGCGAUUCGUACCACCGAGCAAACGAGCGAAAAAAUAGUUGAUGUUAUUUCAUGUUACAUCGCCGAAAACGAGUCUCGAGAUCCUGAAGCAAAGUUCAAGUUCACCGUCUCUCCCUCGCUCACGAGCACCAGCUUAGCAUGGUUCGAGCGACAAGGGUUCGACUACCGUAUGGAAGUACGCAAACAGAAGACGAAGAGCCAUGAACGUGGAUGGUAAGGCGAUCGUUGAAUUCCUCGAUGUACAUGAACUUUCUACCCGGGGUGGAGAUCGACCCGGAACGACCCCGCGACGACCCAGCGACGACCCCGCGACGAUCACGCUAAAAGACGAUUGCAGUUGAAAAGCGAGGAUCAGCCAGAGGCGCACUAGAGGUGGCGCGAAUACGAGCUGCAGUCUAAUAGAAGCUUAUCAAGGUGGCUGAAAUCGGUGGCGCAGAUGAGCACGUCGUCGUGAACCAAUCGCCAAGAUUUUCCUUUCAAAGCUCAUCGUUAUCGUACGACUCUGGAGGACUAAUGGCGGGUUCCGUGGCUACCUUGGCGAUUCUCUGGGUCUCUCUGCAAACCAUGGGAUUCCUUGGGAAUUCGCACGCGAUCGGUGCCUAUAAAUUGCCGAUGUCUGUGCAGAACUACCUUGCCAGUUACACAGGUAUCCUUUCAGGUUUGCCGAUGUCGAACGACCCUUACGAGGGCGGCGUCGUAGACACAGGUCGUUUCCAUAAUCGACGUUACCCUCACAUUGACGAGGCGGUCUUGAACAACUCGAUCACUUUCGCGCAAAGCUUGAUCGAUCGUAUGAGCACCCUCGAAAGGAAUAUCGCGAAUGCUGGCGUCGAAUUGAUGGCUCACACGCCGGCUGGAAAACAAUUCCUUGAUUCAUAUCCUUCCGAGGAUGCUUUCGAGAGAGGCCUCGACGCCAUUGUGGCGAUGAAAGCUUCGUCCUAUCUCCUUCAUCAGAACUGUCGCAGAUUUGGUUUGGAGAAAGAUGAUUGCGCUCGUUACAUAUCAACGCUGUCGCUUCAGGGGACACCGUUGGACUCAGCUUGUCCGACGUUGCGACACCCGAUUUGCGAUCUCACGGCCAAGUACCGAAGCAUCGACGGUGCUUGCAACAACGUCGAAAAUCCAAGCUGGGGUAGUGCGAUGACCGCGUACACCAGAAUUCUCUUCCCCCAAUAUUUUGAUGGAAUUCAAGAACCGAGACGCAUGGGACAAACGAGAAAGCCGCUGCCAGGUGCUAGAAGCGUAAGCGUGGCUUUAUCCACACCCAACGAUCAAUCGGAUGUCAGCAGAACGUUGACGGUCGUACAAUGGACGCAAUUUAUCACGAAUGAUAUUUCGUAUACUCCAAUGCGUAAGAUGGUAUCGUCGGGAAAACCGAUCUCAUGCUGUCGAUCAGACGGGAACGCCUUGUCUCCUCGAUACAUGCAUCCUGAUUGUUCUGCGAUUAUAGUACCUGAUCGAGAUCCCGUCUAUGGCCAACAUUACGUGCGAUGCAUGAAUUACGUGCGAUCGUUGCCGGUCCUUAAGUCAGACUGUACUUUCGGACCUAUAGAACAGAUGAAUCAAGCGAGUCACUUCUUGGAUGGUUCUACGAUCUAUGGUUCUACGUUGAAGAAAUCUCGCGAGCUUCGUGAGUUCGAAGGAGGUCGGCUGCGCGUUCACAGGGGCAACGACCACGAUUUCUUGCCAAUUGCUGAAAACUCUUCAGAAUGCAAGAAUGGGUGUUACGAUUCUGGUGAUAAUCGUGUAAAUACGCAUCCACAAUUGGCUGCGAUACACACUAUCUGGCACCGUGAACACAACAGAAUCGCCAGAAAGCUCGCCGAGCUGAAUCCUCACUGGUCAGAUGAGACGCUGUAUCAGGAAGCCAGGCGUAUAGUAAUUGCUGAAAUUCAGCAUAUCACGUAUAAAGAGUGGCUGCCGAUAUUACUGGGCAAGAGAUACACUCGGGCGAUUGGUCUCGCCGUUGGAAAUAGCUACAGCCGUAACUACAACUCCGAGGAUGAGCCAGCAGUCAGUAACGAAGUCGCGACAGCAGCUCUGCGUUUUAUGAAUUCCUUGUUACAAGGAAAGAUUAGCUUGACAGACAAUAAACGUCAGAUCAACAAAACAGUUUCAUUGGCGGAAUAUUUUUAUAAACCAAAUAUAAUCGAGUCGCAUGAAAUAUUCGAUGGUUUACUGCGUGGUAUGGCUACUCAGUCCAGUCAGAAGAUGGAUGUCAGCAUAAUUGAAGACGUAACAAGCAAACUGUUCGCUACAAAUCAGGACAGCCUAGGUUUAGAUGCUAUCAGCUUGGAUAUUCAGCGUGGCCGUGAUCACGGUUUACCCGGAUAUAAUCAUUACCGCAAAUAUUGCGGCCUUCCAGCUGCGAAGAGCUUCGAUGAUUUCCUAGACUACAUUCCAAUGGAGAUGACGAAGAAAUUGCGCACAAUUUACGCCCAUCCAGAUGACGUUGAUCUUAUCAUUGGUGGUAUGGCUGAGAGACCAACGGAGGACGGAUUAUUAGGUGUAACUUUCCGUUGUUUGAUCUCCGAACAAUUUUCCAGAACUCGUCGCACCGACAGAUAUUUCUACGAUUCUGUAAAUCAGCCACAACCUUUCACAGUUGAACAAUUGGCAGAAAUACGCAAUGUAACAUUAGCAAGAAUAUUCUGCGAUAAUGGUAACAACAUCACAGAAAUGCAACCGAAUGUAUUCCUCCGACCACAAGCAGGAAACGAGUUGAGAUCCUGUACGAUGUUUGAAGCGAUCCCCAGCGUGGACUUAUUUGCCUGGGCAGAAAGAGCCAAGGCUUAUCGUUGAACUUUCCCUCUUAAUUGGCUGGUCACAUUGCCGCAUCGAUUUGCCCGGAUCGCGGGACGGGCGUAAUAUAGAGGUCACAAGAGAAUACCGGCGACUGACUUGAUGAUCCUAAUCUCGAUGUGAUGUUAUCAACGCGAUCGAGAUAAAGAAAAAGAGACAGAGAGUUUUUGCUGAAGAACUGCGUGUACCAGUGCGAUCGAACAACGGGCACGAUGAAGGGAAAUAAGACAAUUUAGUAGCAUGCACACUACGUGAAAAUUGAUUAAACAAAUAAACAAUACUGUAAAACAAGAUGCAUCAAAUAGACGUGACUAGUCGAUUAAGUGGGCACGCUACGGAGGCUGUGCUAUGAUAUGUGAAGUCGAUCGAGAGGAAAGAAUAAUAGAAAAACAACUGCCGUUCGAUAGAGGGGAAAUGACUUCAGAUUUCAGAUAGACAUUUAAAUCUUACGGCAAGGCGUUUUAGAAUAAUUUAGGAAUAACGUGGGACGGAGUUAUCUAUCAUUACACGAGAAUGCACGCGCAUAAAAACCUAGAAGUCGUAGAUACGCUAACCUUGUUAAACCUACGCUUACGAGUAUGUUUGGUUCUUAGCGACGGAUGUUCACGGAUCAUGCUGCUCGCAGUGACGUAUUUGAUUCCCUUUUUAGUGAUUUGAAGCUAAUAAUUAUGUUAGGAUUCCUGUGCUAAACCAAAUUUGAGAAAGUGUAACCUGGCUAGAUCGACGUUUGUUAACCUAGUAGAAAAUUAAUAUUUAUGUCUAGAGAUCCUUUGGCUAAUCUGUCGAAAUAUAUUCAUUUGGACGGUGAUUAUUGACUUUGUACGCACUAAUCGAAAUACGCACACUGCAAUGGCCACUCCAAAACAGCGUUUCAAAAGUUACAUGGUAAGCGAGUCUCGUCGGAUCCGUAUUUUAGAAAACGCAAAAAUCUUUUAUAACUCGAGUGCUUGAUGGGCAUCCGAAUAUUCGGGACAAGCGAAAAUUUUUAUUCCAUUCUUUGCACGCUAGCAAAUGUAUUUUAUAUAAUUCUAAUAAUCAUUUAUCGAUCUUUUUGACAAGCUGAUAGUGUUCUAGGUCCCGAUGCAUAUAGUGCCAUUAGCGUCAUGGUAAAUCGCUCCUGGCUGUUCGAUGAGUUCGUGCUUUAUUUGUUGCGUUCGUGUUUUAUUUGUCGGUUCUUUGCAAUUUAUCCCUCUUUAUGAUAAAAAAGUAAAAAAGCCAGGAAUUCGGCUUUUAUAUCGUUCUUUUUUCGCAUGUUUUCACAUGCAAACGCUACAGAUGAAGUUUAUUUUUGUAAACCAGAGCGGCAUGAUAUCUUGAAUGUUCUAUGAGAUAUGCAAAUGAAUGUAUGAGCGAGUUUUUCUGUUUACCAAACUCGAACCCAUUGCGAUUUGACGUUCUAUUUUUUAAAUGAUCUGGCGUUAAGAAGUUCAAGUCGAUUUGCAAUCAGAAAAUAGUUCAAAGUCUGAAUAUAUACUUCGAGGCCGCAUUUUUUUUAGUAUGAGGUAAUAUUUCUACUUUACAUAUAUACUCUUAUUUUAACGUAUAUAUUAUUAAAGGUAAUUAAUCUUAAUACAAUCAUGGAAAUUAUUGGAAAAUAAGAUCAAAUAUUCUUUCUUCGUUUUAUCACGAUAUCGAAGACAGUUUAUUUAUUAGCAAUUUUUUGAACUAGGCUUUUAAUUAGAAUAUUGAUUAAAUUCCACUAUUAAUUAACUAGUAGCAACUAAUGCUACUUUAUUAAAAAUAAGAUAAUUUCCAUAUUGUUCGACUACAUCAUCAAAAAACUCCCAGCUCUCAAAGAAUCAUACUUUUUGGUAAGUUCAUAUAUUUGCUAGCAAAGCAUUAUUCCAUUUCUAAACAUUGUACGAUAUCUAGCUAUUCAUGCAUGCAGUGGCGGAUUUUAGUCUUUGGGGGCCUGAAGCUAACAAUCGUUUAGGAGCCCUUGAGCUAAAUACAAAUUUUUAAAGGUGUUGCCUGGCUAAAGUGAUGUUUGUUAAACCAAUAGGAAAUUAAUAUUCAGAUUAUUAGACACGCUUUGGCUAAUCUAUCGUGUGAUGCGAAUUGUAUCAUGUGGUAAGAGAGCCUCGUUGGAUUUAGUUGUUUCUAGAAAACGUAGGAAUAUUCGAAAACUCGAGUGAAAAGAAUAUUCGACAAAUAUCGUUUUAGCCAAGUUAAAAUUUUUAUCGCAGUUUAUUUGCAUAGCAACAAAUGUACUUCAUGUAAUUCUAUUCGUUUACUACUCUUCUUGACAAGGACUCUUGGUGCCCCUAUAGCGUUCCGAGGACCGACGUUUAUAGUGUUAUCAGCGUCAAGGUUAAUUUGCCUCUACAUACGCUUCAAACUUUUAACGAACAAACUCUCUAAAAAUAGAAGUAUAACGUGAUACCACGAUGGAGUAACACGAUAGAAUAUUAAGGGAAUGACGUAGAGCAGAUCGAAUAUAUCAAGUAAAACACUCCAAUAAUUUCAAAUUAAUCGAAUCAUCGCACUCAUUUACAUAGGAAGAAAGGAAAAGACGACGAGCGAUAUCGUAACACGAUAGGUGUAAGUUUAAUUGGAUUGAUUAAAAUACGGAAAGGUGAGAAUCAGAACGAGCAAUAAGUCCUGGGAGAAUAAUCGAUAUUAUAACCUAGUACUCUUCUACUAGAUGUAUUGGAUGAAGUAGUGUUUCAGGGGUUUUAACGUGUUUAUGAUAGGAUCGAAGCGUUGCGGAACGAAAGUACAGAAAAUGCGAGACCGUUUUGUAAUUACAAAAGAAUAGCAAUACACUUGGUGCACAAUGUCUUUCUAACUAUGUAGUGCGAGAUUUUUACUCAUAUCGUGAAAUAAGAUUUAGGAUAUUGUAUAAUACUUUUAAGGAAAUAUAUCGUGUAAUCAAACUUUUUAAGUAAUAUAUUACUAUAAUAUA